AGUGAAGGACUGCAGUGCUCCACGUCAGAGGAAAACAUGCAGAGCAUAAGCUCUCCGGGAGGCCGGCUCCUCUCCGAGGAGCAGUUCAGCUGCUCCAUCUGUCUGGAGGUGUUCGUGGAGCCCGUCUCCACACCCUGCGGCCACAGCUUCUGCAAGGCCUGCCUGCAGGGCUACUGGAACCACAGCAAGAAGUUCACCUGCCCCAUGUGCAAGAAGAGCUACUCUAAAAAGCCCGAGAUGAGCGUCAACAGGGUCCUGGCGGAAAUCUCCACCCAGUUCCAGGGGCUGGUGGUAGCCGGAGGGGCUGAGGCUGCCUCGCGGGGAUCCACGCUGAAUCUGAGCUCGGACACAGCCCACGUGGGCCCCCCGGGGCCCGACACUGGGGAGUUUGCCCGGCCUGGGGAGGUUCCCUGUGACGCCUGCAUCGGGAGGAAGUUAAAGGCGCUGAAGUCUUGUGUGAACUGUCCUGGGUCAUUCUGCGACACCCACCUCAGACAUCACAAAAAGGUGAAGUCUCUGAUGUCUCACCGUCUGAUCGAACCCACUUUCCACCUCGAGGACAAGAUCUGCAAGAAACACGAGCGACUCCUGGAGGUCUACUGCCGCACGGACCACGCCUGCAUCUGCACGGCCUGCGCCGAGGCCGUGCACAAGUCCCACGACACCGUCUCCACCGACCACGAGUGGAAGAAGAAGAUGAGUAAUCUGGGCAAGAAGAGGUCAGAGCUCAAACAUUUGAUCAAGGAGAGAGCCAAGAAACUGGAGGAGAUCAAACAGUCCAUCAAGGUCAUCAAGGCAAGUGCUCAGAAGGAGCUGGAGGACAGCUGGCAGGUGUACGCGGAGCUGCAGCGCAUGGUGGAGCAGAGCCAGGCGGAGCUGGUGGAGGCGAUCGCCACGAGGCAGCGGGAGGCCGAGCGUCACGCGCAGGAACUGGCCCGGGGCUUGGAGAACGAGCUCAGCCAGCUGAGGAGGAGGAGCAACGAGCUGGAGGCCCACGCACAGACCCAGGACAGAGUGGUCUUCCUGCAGAACCUGGCGACGCUGCCACCCCCGCCCGAGCCCGCCGACUGGUCGGCGGUCAGCAUCAACACCGACAUCUACCUGGGAACCAUCCGCUCCUCCGUCGGCAGCCUCAUCGAGAAGUUCCAGGAGGAGCUCAGAAGGCUGUACGGGAAAGAGCUCCGGAAGGUUCAGAACUAUUCAAGUGAGGUGAUUCUGGACCCUGCCACGGCCCAGAGGAACCUGGUCGUAUCCGAUGACGGCCGCCAGGUGAAAUAUGAAGAGCGAAAGGCGUCCCACUCAGAGGGCCCGAAGCGUUUCAGCCCCGCCCUCUUCGUCCUGGGCCGAGAGGGCCUCAGCUCUGGGCGACACUACUGGGAGGUGGACGUGGGGCGCAAGACGGCCUGGACGCUCGGCGUGGCCAGCGCCUCGGCCCGCCGCAAGGGCGAGAUCAAGCUGAGUCCCGAAGGGGGGUACUGGUGCCUGUGGCUGAAGAACGGGGAGGUGAAGGUUUUGGCGUCGUCCCGCCUGCCUCUGAUGCUGCAGUCCCAACUCAGUAAAGUGGGAAUCUUCCUGGAUUAUGAAGGAGGACAGAUUUCUUUCUACGAUGUGAAGGCGCGUCUGCAUCUCUACACCUUCGUCUCCAGCUUCACUGAGAGUCUGUACCCGAUCUUCAGCCCCUGUCUGAUCCAGGACGGCAAGAACUCUUCUGCUCUCAUUAUAACCCCUGUUAAACACAGCUGAGACUGAGAGCCAGUCAAAAGCCUGGAGAGUCAGCGAGGGUGAAACCUUUAUAUCAUCUUUAGGACAAAACAUAUUUGGUGCAAAGUGCAGAUUUUUCAUUUUGAACAGGUGGUUUGAACCUUUAUUUGGUCUUAAAAUCUGACAUUUUCUUCUCAGUGAAGCAACUUUUACGACAGUUUUACGGCACUUUACCUCAAACAGCUUCAAAUCUAAUGAAACAAAGCAAAGCAGACCAAAACUAGCCGCUGCUGCACUCUCAUCACAUGGACAUGUUAUUGUGUCGCUGACCUGGAGUGACUGUUUGGAAGCCAUAAAAUGACAGCAAGCAUUGUGUGAUUGGCUAAAAGGAAACCAAAAUGACUGACUGCAUCUUACAGAGAAAUAUAUGCACAGUUUGGUGUGGUUCUUUUAUUCUGCACACUCUUAUCUCAAAUUGCACAUUAAAUAAAAAAGACAGAUAUUUUGAUGUAAGAACAUAUGAAGGACUAGAGGGGAUUAUUCUAGGGGCCAGAUUUGACCUGUGGCUCCUUCCAUUUGUACUUGUCCCACUUUCCCCACUGUCUAAGUCUUUGUUCGAAGGUGGGGAGAGUCAAUCAGGAGAAAGAUUAAUAUUCUCUGAAUCUGAAAUUCAGCCAGUAUCUCCCCCCUCUCUGCUGGCAGAUCAUUCUGCGUGUGUGCUGAAAAAUAAUCCAGGUUUUCAUCACAAACGAGGUGGCUCUGACACUCUUCCAGCCAAUCAGCAGCAGGUGGCGCCCUGCAGGAUGACUCAGCCCACCUUUACCUGUAACUAUGAGGCUUUGGAGACUUUACAGAUUAAACUUAAAUAGAUGUAUAUUUAAUAUGUGGAGGCUUCAGUCUGCCUGAGGGACCAAAUGAGAGAUUUUUGUACAAAUUGUGUCCGAUGUCCAAACCCAGGCUUGUUUGUGGACCGAAGCCAUAUCCCGUUUUGUUUUUUUUUAUGUCAAAUGUUUGCUUUUGUACUUUCUUUCUGGAC